AUGGCCCCUCGCCAGCGUCACUCCACUCACGGCCAAGAGAAGGCUCUGGGCACGAGUCAGCCUGCUGCUGUGGCAGCUGCUGUGCUGGAACAGCCUCCCAAAGUCCUCAAGAAGCUGCUUCACUGGGAGGAGCUCCCCCAUUGGCAGCGCGAUAACCAGCACAUCCAUAGCGGGUAUCGGCCGGCCUCGGCUUCCUUCCUUGUUUCCUUCCAGUCCCUGACCUAUCUUCACAAUGAAACGGUCAACAUCUACACGCACUUGUUGCCAUCGUUGCUGGUCGUGCCGGCGGCCUUCGCACUGUAUCGGGCACUAGCCCCCCGAUAUGAAACGGCGACGCAGGCGGACAUGAUCGUCUUCGGCUGCUUCUUCGCCGGGGCGGCCUUUUGCCUGGGCAUGUCUGCCACCUACCACACGAUCUCGAAUCACUCGCCCAUGGUGGCGCGCAUCGGGAACGCGUUCGACUACGCGGGCAUUGUGGGGCUGACGGUGGGCAGUUUCAUCCCCAGCGUUUACUUUGGCUUCUACUGUCAGCCCGCGCUGCAACGGCUCUACUGGAGCAUGAUCUGCACGAUUGGCCUUGGCUGCGUCGUCGUCUCGAUCUUCCCUCAAUUCCGGACCCCAGGCUGGCGACCGUUCCGGGCGGCGAUGUUUGUCGGCAUGGGCUUGUCAGCGGUAUUUCCCGUGAUCCACGGAUUACGCCUGUACGGGCUGGGGCAGAUGACACGCCAGAUCGGACUCGGCUGGCUGGUGCUCCAGGGUCUCCUGUACAUCCUGGGGGCAGCGAUCUAUGCGGCUCGGGUCCCCGAACGCUUGCGACCCGGCCAAUUCGAUCUGUGGGGAAGCUCCCAUCAGAUUUUUCACGUGCUGGUGGUCUGCGCCGCAAUUGCUCAUCUGACCGGGUUACUGAAGGCGUUUGAUUACAGACACAGCGGGUUCGCCGCCAGCUGUGCUUGGAGCUGA